UACAGUUUUGCCCCCCUUCGCCUUCUCUCCAAACCCACCCAAUCCGCCGCUUCUCCUCCUUUUAUACCGUCCUCGGUUCCUCCUCCAAUCCUCAGGUACUCUCCACGAAGUCUACUCUAAACCCUAACACCUAGAUCCACGCAGGAGGAGAGGCAAGUCUCGAAUCGGGAAUUCAGAGGAGCAAUCAUGAGUCGACAUCCGAGCACUAAGUGGGCACAGAGGUCUGACAAGGUGUACUUGACGAUUGAGCUGCCCGACGCCAAAGAUGUGAAACUCAACUUGAAGCCCGAUGGCCAUUUUGAUUUCUCAGCAAAGGCCCCUGCUGAUGAAACACAAUAUGUAUUUGACUUUGAGCUCUUUGAUGCUGUCAAUGUUGAGGAGAGCAAGGCGGCUGUUGCCCAGAGAUCUAUUUGCUACCUUAUCAAGAAAGCUGAAAGCAAGUGGUGGCCUAGGUUGCUGAAGAACGAAGGCAAGCCACCUGUGUUCUUGAAGGUUGACUGGGAUAAAUGGCAAGAUGAGGAUGAUGAAGAUGCUGGAUUUGGUGACUUUGGUGAUAUGGACUUUUCGAAGCUGGACAUGGGGGGCGAUGAUGAUGAUGAUGAUAUUGAUGAGGAUGAAGAUGACAUUGCUAUCAAAGAUAAUGAAGACGUAGUGGCAGAAGGGAGCAAGGGAGACGAAGCUCCAGCAGCAACGGCAGAUGAAGCGAAGCCAUGAAAAACUGGAGUCUUUCUCUGUCCAUCACAUCUCUGUAAUGAUCAUCAGAUCUAUUGCUAGAUGCUACCUAGACAUUUGCUGUGUACCUGGAGUAAGAAAGUAGAUUUGGUGUUGCUAGUUUUUUGGCUGAAACUUGAAUAUUGAAAGUUACUGUUGAUGUUGGACGUGCUGUUUUGGAUUCUGGAUACUGAUCUCUAAAAUAUUUAAAGAGUGUUGAACUAUUAUUUGUAGUCUCGGAUCAAGAUUUCAAGGUGACGGACGGCCGUCAUCUACUGAAUUCUUUAUGGGAACUGGAGGAUUACCUGUGUGUUGCCACUGGCAAAUAUCUAUACAAUAAACCUUCAAAGA